AUGAACCACCCUUCUUCCCACCGCGGCCUCAGCAGCCUCCGAAUCUCCAUUGCCACCUUCUUCAUCACCACUAUCAUUCUCUACUCUCUCUACACCUCCAAACUCAUCAUCCUCAACCGCAACUCCUCCCCCUCCGACUGCUCGCCCUUCAACACCUCCAACCAACAACAAAAUUCUUCCUCACACUUAAACUUACAGUCACAGCCACUCGACCCCACCCACCUAAACCACAUCGUAUUCGGCAUCGCAGCCUCGUCCAGCCUCUGGGAAAACCGCAAGGAAUACAUCAAGCUGUGGUGGCAGCCAAACAAGACUCGUGGAGUCGUGUGGCUCGACAAACGAGUCGAAAUCUCCCCACACGAGAGACACAUCCUUCCCGAGACACGCAUCUCGGGUGACACGUCGAGAUUCGACUACACAAACAAGCAGGGAAAGCGCUCGGCUCUCCGCAUCUCGAGAAUCGUUUCCGAGACGCUGCGCAUGGGAAUGGAAGACGUCCGAUGGUUCGUCAUGGGGGACGACGACACUGUCUUCAUUGUCGACAAUCUUGUGAGGGUAAUCUCUAAAUAUGAUCACAGGCAGUAUUAUUAUAUCGGGAGCUCGUCCGAGAGCCACAUACAGAACAUACUCUUUUCAUACACCAUGGCGUAUGGAGGGGGUGGAUUCGCAAUUAGCUACCCGCUGGCUAAGGAGCUACAGAAGAUGCAAGACAGGUGUAUACAGAGGUACCCGGCUCUUUAUGGAAGUGAUGAUAGGAUACAGGCGUGCAUGGCCGAGCUCGGGGUUCCUCUCACCAAGGAAAUGGGAUUUCAUCAGUACGACGUGUACGGGAACCUGCUAGGACUUCUGGGGGCCCACCCAGUGACCCCACUCGUCUCGCUCCACCAUCUUGAUGUGGUGGACCCGAUAUUCCCAGGCCUGAGCCGAGUCAACGGGAUUAGACGGCUAUUUGAGUCAGUGGCGCAUGACUCGGGCAGCAUUAUCCAGCAGUCUUUCUGCUAUGACAAGAAUAGGUAUUGGUCGAUUUCCUUGUCAUGGGGCUAUGUGGUCCAGGUGAUGCGUGGAGUGAUAUCUCCGAGGGAGCUGGAAAUGCCGACUCGAACAUUUCUCAAUUGGUACAAACGGGCUGACUACACGGCUUACGCGUUCAACACAAGGCCCGUGGCCAAGCACCCUUGCCAGAAGCCCUUUUUGUUCUACCUGAAAUCGGUCAAGUAUGACGAAAAGAGGAAACAGAUAAUUGGGGUUUACUCCCGUCACAAGGAGGCGCAACCUUACUGCCGGUGGAAAAGUAGUUCGCCGGAAAAACUCAACUCUAUUGUUGUCUUGAAAAGGUCUGAUAACAGCCGGUGGGAGAGGGCGGCUAGGAGGGACUGCUGUAGAGUUUUGCCAUCAAACAGGGAUACAGUUAUGUACUUAUGGGUGGGAAAUUGCAGAGCUGGUGAGAUAAGUGAAUUGCAGAGUUAG